GAGACCUGCUGAAAUGUCUCCUAAUAAACACCCAUAUUCAUCGAAUAAUAAUGCAGUCAUCUCGACUUCAGUUCACUGUCGAGCUUGCUAAAUAUCGCAUGGAAUCCAAUCCUGAGGACUCCACUUUGUACCCUUUCGUUAAGCGCCUGAAUAGCCUUCGCGACCGGGAACAAUCGUGGCAAAGUAUCACCUGGAAGCGCUACUACCAGCUUGACCUGCCCUCUGUAGCGUCUAUCUAUGAGUUCGUUGGAGGGAUUUACAGGAACGGAAGAGAGCACGGGAAACGCGAGGCUAUCCCGGCUAUUUCCUUCUUUGAACUGCCUUUCUCCGGGUGUGACCCAGGAGAAGAUUACAGAAUGUGGACUCAUGCAUUCGAAAACAUCGGUAUCCUGGACUUCACAAUUGAUCCCUCACAGGAUCUCUUAGUAUUAGUCACUCGAGCGCCUGCCGAAUCUAAGUUCGUCUUCGAGGUCCAUCUUCGUACCCUUUCAGAAAAUGAUCCCUACCCGAAAGCUGCCGCACCCAUUCUCCCUUGCUUCCCCAAGGAUCUGGUCUCAAUGCCACUUUCAAACUCCAUAGGCGCCAUCCGUGUUCAGAUAUCCGGCGAUCUGAUCGGCUUUUUGAUGAAAGAAAUGAAUACUAUUGAAGCCUGGCAUCCCGCCUCAGGAUUUUGCUCAUCGGAAGUCUACCAGUUCGACACCCCGACGGGCUCUUCCCUUCCACCGGUUCUGCUGGGAUCGUUUUCGUUUCCGGAGUUGUCUGGAGGAUUCUCCUUCUGGCAUUGCUCGUUGAGUCGAAACCCAUCCCCAGGAUACAUCCCCCGCAUCCAGCCCAGCGUCAAUAGCAACGUCAUCAACAGCUUCUAUCAUCUAUCACUAGCAGACCGUAUCCUGGCCUGCUGCAUCUACAUCCUUGAACAAUCUCCUGAUCCUGCCCGCCAUCGCGUACAUUCUUUUGUAUUCUCCUUCCACGUCAACCUUUUCCUUGAAAAGAAGCCACAUUCAAUUCUGGACCUGUGCAAGAAAACACAGCCCCCUGAAUGUCAGGUCGGACUACGGACACUUUUUUCUUCUCGUCAUACUCGACUAAGUUUUUGGAUGCAUCGCGACCUCACAACCCCACGCCCACUAAUAUGACUUCUGUUGAGUGGGAUGCAUGGGGCCCAGCCAACACACGAUGGUUCCAAGAAUGUUUACCCACCGACUGGCAGCAUGCGCUGCACGGAAUGCGCACUGCAGAAAGUAUUUCGAUAAAAGUC